AUGAUCCGAGGUGGGUCACCCGUGAUCCAUGAUCCGAAUAAAGUGUCCCGGUUUGGAGUUUUGGGUAACAACGAUACCGAUGAAUCUUCGAUUCAAUGGAUUGACAUACCAAAUUGCUUUUGCUUUCAUUUAUGGAAUGCAUGGGAGGAAUAUAAUGAGGAUGGUGAUCUUACCAUCGUUGUUAUCGGCUCAUGCAUGACUCCACCGGAUUCAAUUUUCAAGGAGAAUUGCGAAUUUAUAUGUAUUGAAUUAUCCGAAAUCCGAUUAAACCUAAAAACCGGAGGGGCAACCCGACAAGUCAUUGUCUCCGGCAUGAACCUUGAAGCCGGGCAGGUGAACAAGCGAAGACUUGGGCGAAAGACCCGAUACGUGUACAUGGCCAUAGCUGAGCCUUGGCCGAGGUGUAGUGGCAUCGCAAAGGUCGAUUUGGUUACUAGAGAAGUGACCAAAUUUUUGUAUGGUGACCAAAAGUUUGGCGGCGAGCCAUGCUUCGUGCCCGACAAGAAAAAAGGAGGAGGAGAAGGGGAAGAAGAUGAAGGAUAUGUUAUGAGUUUUGUGAGAGAUGAGAGGAGAGAGAUGUCUGAGUUGGUGAUAGUGAAAGCUUCCAAUAUGAAGCAAGUGGCCUCAGUGAGGUUACCCACUAGAGUGCCCUAUGGUUUUCAUGAGAUUUUCUUUUUGUACACUGAUGAAGACAUUCAAAUAGCCAAAAAGAGGAAGAAAGAUUCUUUGAAAUUAAUUAAACAAGCUAGCAGGCUUAACUAG